UCUUCCACUUCCACCACUUCAUCGGCAACCGCCACGUCUACGGGCAAACACAGCGGCGGCACACCCACCAGCUCGCCGCUCCUGUUCUUCGUAGCGCUGGGGUUUGGUGUCGUCUUCACCAAUCUAUGGAUCAUCGUUGGCGUCAAAUACUGCUUCCGGUAUAACGCGCGGAAUCGCGCGCGCGCAAUUGGAGAGAACGGCGAACCCAUUGACCUCAACGCCAUGGGUGGUCGACCGCAUCGGAGGAGAAGGGAGAAGAAACUCAUGUCGAUGGAAGAGGUCAAUGACCGCUUCCCAUUGACCAAGUACAAGAUAUGGAGAUCGACGCGUGAAGCCGAGGGUCUGCCUGCUGCUGGAGGCGUGACGGCGCCGCCGAGUCGAGCGGCCAGUCUGAAGGAUGAAGUGAUGCACACCGAAGACGCCACCUCGCCAGCCGAUGAUAGGCCGACCAAUGCCCUCGAACUCGCCCAACAAGACCACGCCAAUGCCACUGCCGCGCGUGAAGACUCUCCCCACACCGCCGCCGACGCACCCUCCCCGGAAAAGUCACCGGUGAUGGUCAAGGUGGAAGCGGAGGGUGCAUCGCCCUCAGCAUCCUCACCCACCGCUGCCGCCGCGCCUCCACCCGAAACACUCCGCAACCAAUCCAUCACUACCAUUCCCGAAGAGGACGAAGAAGACGAAGACGACCCGAUCCGUACCGCCGCGCCGCCAGAAAUGCUCGCCGUGCCCGGCGACACCUGCGCAAUUUGCCUCGACACCCUCGAAGACGAUGACGACGUGCGCGGCCUCACCUGCGGCCACGCCUUCCACGGCGCCUGCGUCGAUCCCUGGCUGACAGGCCGGCGAGCAUGCUGCCCGCUGUGCAAAGCCGACUACUACACCCCCAAACCGCGAGCGGAUGGCGAA